AUGAACGGCGUGGGGCAGUCCCAGGAGCAGCGCUCGCAGCGCAAGCGCUCGCUCACCGACGAGCUGGUGGCCAUCCGCACGCAGAAGGCCGAUGUGCUGCGGCAGAUACAGCAAAUUGCGAAGCGGCAGAAGACUGGGGGCAUGCCCACCAAGGCCAGCGAGCUGCUGGCCAGCAACAACAAGCUGGUGCUGCAGAUGGAGCAGCGGAACCGGGCCGAGAAG